UCUCCACAAGACUCACAGUCACAGAUACACUUCCAUUCAGAAACACAACCUUCACUCCUAUCAUUUGCACCCUCAUUCAUUCAUUCUACCUAUAACUCUUUCUUUCUUUCUUUCAACAUUUUUUUUUUUUCACUUUCAUUCUAGCAAUGUCCACCUCCAAAACCUUGGAUAAACCCUUCCAAGGAUAUGAAGCAGCUAGUAGCCAAGUUCAGAAUGGUUUUGCUCUAAUCCAACGUAACACAUCACCAUCUCAACCUGGUGAAAGAAGAGGCAGAAGGAAGCAAGCUGAGCCAGGAAGGUUUCUUGGAGUUAGGAGGAGGCCAUGGGGUAGAUAUGCUGCUGAAAUUAGAGACCCAACAACUAAAGAAAGACACUGGCUUGGCACAUUUGACACUGCUCAAGAAGCAGCUCUUGCUUAUGACAGAGCUGCCUUAUCCAUGAAAGGCACACAAGCAAGAACCAACUUCAUAUACUCUGACAACACUACCUUCCACUCUCUUCUGACUUCAUUUGAUGUUCAAGCAGUCGUACCAACAUCUUCACAGUUCCUCACUACUAGUACUACUACUACUCACACCAAACAACCCACCAAUAUUCAUCAGAGUAGUACUCCACCGAAGCUUAACAAUUUUACUCAUAGUGAGAGUGAGACCUCUACCCAAUUGAAUAACAACACGUGGGCAGAUACAGAAACUUCAUAUGGGGUAGGGGUAGCAGAUGAUAAUAGCUUCUUCUUUUCUAAUGAGUCUAACUCAGGCUAUUUGGGAUGCAUAGUUCCUGACAAUUGCUUGAGACCUUCUUCAAAUCCCACCUCUACAAACUCCAAAUAUAGCAACUUCACUACUUCAAAUGACUCAGUCAACACAAAUUCCAUUGAAAUUCAAUCACAUUGUGACAGUCAUACACUUCCUUUUGACUUAGUGAAUGUGCCAGCUGCUGCUGCAACAGCCUCAAAUUACCCUGGAGAUUUUUCUUGCCUUGAUGAACUCAAUCACGGUUUUUGGGAUAUUCACCAGUCAUGGGAGUCAAAUUCCAGUGAACUUUCAGCCAUGGUCAACAACCCAUUGAUGGUGGAAGAUGGGUGCAUGGGAGCUUUGUAUCCAAUCAUUGACAAUCCAAGUUAUGGGCUAAUAAUGCCUCAGGCUGUAGCUUCUUCAACCACUUGCUCUCCAUCAGUUUCUCCUUACAGUGAUGUAGUUGACUUGGGCUAUUCACUCUUCUGAGUUCUGGUUCGUUAUGUUAGUCAUUCUACUUAAGUGCACCUUUUUUCUUUUUUGUGGUUUUUCUUGCAACUCUCUCUUCCACUGUAAUUACACUAAAAACUUCCAUACUUGAGCAAGAAAGAGAGAUCUGGUGAAUUAAUGUCCAUUUUGGUUCUACGAGUAUUGAAUGAAAGUUGUUUGGAAAUCUUUGUUUUUUCAGACACCAAUCA